AUGCUCGUCAAGUCAUCCAAGCUAGUCUUUCUCGGACUCUUUGUUGCACUCCUCGGGCCCAAACAAAUCUUAGCCUUGCCCCCUCUUCGCAUACCAAGCGCAAAGGGCGCACAGGAGAUGCCUCCUAUCCAUCCACUCAACAUCUCUCCACCAGGCAAGCGUCCCGCGCAAGAGAAAUUUGACGACUCGUCGCUCCUGGAGCAGCUUGCGGUACGUACAUGUGACUGAACAGCCUUGCUCUGUUGAUCCUGAUGGCUGCUCGACUUGUGCGCCGCCCAUGCCUGGAUGGAUAGGCAUUGCCCCCAAUCAAGACGAGGUGAGCGGCACGACGGGCAGAGGUAUGGCCUUUCUUUCCAACGAAAACGCUCACUCUCGCGCGCCCCGUCAGAGUGGAGAAGUCCAGUCUCGACACACUGACACCCACAACCAAGAAGGCUGGUGAGCCCUCGCUUCAUGAUGGCAAACCCAAUGCUCAUGCUGACAUUUGCCUGCCUAUCGUCGCAAGCGGACGCGCUGUACAACCGUUAUAAAUCGGCCGUAGCUCGUGCAAGAAGGUCCCUGUACCCACUGAACAAAUUCGCAGUCAAGCCUGAACGCAUGAACAGUUUUCACAAGUGGCUCGUGAAUUCUAGUUCUAUGCAACCCUUGGGCGAUGGGGUCGCUGUGACCAAUCGUGCCGGACAAGCGAGCACGUCUGCGACUCGCGUGGAACAUGGAACGGGAGCGCCAGUGCUUCGUCAAAAGCAUGGCGAGGUGAUCCGGCUUGCUGGAAAGAAGAACGUCCCUACUCCUGGUGGAGUCAGUGUGAAUGUGAGAGGAUGGCAUCGAGGUAGAACGCCUGCGGGUGUACCCGACCUGCUUUGA